AUGGGUCCCGCUGUAUUGCAGCCGGACCGAGCAAGCGAGCCGACAGAGGGAGGAGAGUCUCCAUCAAAUGGCGUGGCCCAACCUGAGGUCCCGGGAAACACCCGGGACAGACUUGAACAUUUCACUUUUGCCUGGUAUACUGUGGUGAUGUCUACUUUCGGAGUCAGCCUAACCAUGGCUGCGACUCUUAAGUUCGAACCAUUUGCCACCGGGUCAGGGUGGUUGAACCCAGUUAUCAAAUUCACUGGGCUUUCUCUAUUCUUCUUGGCCAUGGUGGCCUUCAUUUUUAUCACCAUUACUCUCCUCAUCCGCUUUCUACGUUAUCCCAAAACCCGCCAACCCGCCUUCAAGCGACCCAGAGAGGGGAUCUCUGCCGCGACAUUUCUCCUCUCGCUGGCGGCCAUGGCUUCAAGCGGCGUAGAGUACGGGCGCCUGUUCCUGCCGUCAGACAUCCAGGCCAGGCUUGCCUCGGUUCUCCACGUUGCUUUCUGGGUCUACCUCGGGUCCACCUUCCUUUCCUCCCUGGCCCAAUAUCAUUGGAUCUUUACGGCCCAAGAUAGCUGGCGACUCCUUACCAAGGACCUGAGUCCAGGCUGGAUCAUGCCAAUCUUCCCGGUGAUGCUGAGCGGCACCUUCGCGGCAGCCUGUGUGCCCAGCCUGAAGGCAGACCAGGCACUUAGGGUCCUGUCAGCUGGCCUGGUAGGGCAGGGCCUCGGCAUGAUGGUGGCAGUCUUUUUUAACGGGGCGUACCUGACGCGUCUCGUGCUUCUCGGCUUGCCCCAUCAUCGCCAGGCAAUGUUCAUUGCCGUCGGCCCGCCAAGUUUUACUUGCUUGGCCCUGAUAGGACUGGCCGCGGAGGUGCCCCGGAUCCUCGCGGAACUGGGAGGAGGACAUAUUUACGGGGGUAUUGAGAGAGGUUUCAUGGGGCUAAUGCUCACCCCCAGUAAGCUGCAGGUGCUUGCCGCCGGAGUUAAGCUCCUGGCGGUUUAUGCAUCUCUGUUUCUCUGGGGGUUGAGUUUCUGGUUUCUUGGAAUCUCUCUCGUCGCCCUCUAUCCCGAGUUGCCGGAAAAGGAGUUCCGCCUUAGCUGGUGGAGCUUUGUUUUCCCCAAUGUCGGGUUUGUCCUCUCAACGUUGAAGAUGGGAGCUGCUCUAGGGAGUGACGGCCUGUCAUGGUUUAGGGUUGCCAUGUCAGGUCUGUUGUUCCUGGUGUGGCUCUUCGUCUUCUACCGUUGCAUCAGGGGGGUGGUCAAGAGGGAGAUCGUACGGGAGGGACGUGACGAAGAUCACGUCGAGCAGCCUGCACCAGUUCCUACCCCUUAG